AUUAGGAGCAUAGGAGUUUAUGGCAACAUCCGAAGGCCCUGAUCUUCUUCUCGUGUACGCUCGUAUUUAGGGACGCAACAAAACUCGACACAAGCAUUGAUGUCAGAGAGCUUUGUUUGAAUAUACUUGAAGUUGUUACUUACUUUGCUUGGUGUUCGUGUUCGACGCAAGCAUCUGCAUUUGGGAAAUGGUACAGGCGGCUCAAACAUCAGAGGACGACGUUGGGGGCAUCGCGACAGUGGAUGUCGCGACGCUAGACCCUGAAACCUUCUGGGCAAAGUACGUCGCACCCCGCAAACCAGUCCUCAUCCGGGGCCACCCCACGGACCUCUCCUGGCGCGCCUCCAGCCUCUGGACCGACGAGUACCUCAUCAAAAAAGCGGGCUCUGCGCGUGUGUUGGUGGAGGUGCGGGGCGGCCCCGGGGAGGGCUACGGCCGGGGCGUCAAGCGGCCCAUGCGGUUCGCGCAGUUCGUGCGGCGGGUUGCGGCGGGGGACACCAACCUCUACCUCACUGCGCAGCAGGUCUCCAUCGCCCCGGACGGGCACCCGCAGCUCAUGGCGGAGCCCCUGAUCAGCCUGGCGGGGGGGGCAGCAGGGGGGCCGGCAGGGGGGGGUGGAGGUGGUGGCAGCGGUUCCGGCGCUGACUUCCCCGCCGCCCCCUCCCUGGCGGGUCACCUGGUGCCUCAGUCGCUCAACGUGUGGAUGGGAGCGGCGCCCGAGGGCAGCAGCAGCGGCCUGCACCACGACUUCCACGACAACCUCUACGUGCUGCUGCGGGGCCGCAAGCGCUUCCGGCUGUUCCCGCCCGCACAGGCGGCCCUCAUGUACACCCACGGGCGGGCGGUGCGGGUGCACGACAACGGGAGGAUCGUGUACGAGGGCCAGGGAGCCGCCGAGAGGCUGGCGGCGGCUGAGUGCGCGUUGGAGGCUGCUUUGGAGGCGGAGCUAUCUGAUGCGGCAUGGGAGGAGGAGGAGGAGGAGGGAGAGGGGAAGGGGGAUGAUGACUUUGACAUGCAAGAGGAGGAGGAUGGUGACGACGAGGAGGAGGAGCAGGACGGCGAGGAGGGCGAGGAGGAGGAGGAGGAAGAGGAAGAGGAGGAUGAGGCUCAGGAGGCAGCUGAGGAGGAGCAGGAGGGCGGUCCUCGGAACCUGCGGGACGACUUCGAUGCGGCGGAGGGUCCCUCGCCCCGGCCGCCGCACGGCAAGCGAGGCAACAACAGCAGCAGCGGGAACGGCAGCAACGGCAGCGGGAGCGGGAGCAAGGGUGCCAAAGGGGGCGGGAGCGCCAGCAAGGGGCAAGGGAGGGAGUGCAAGGAGGAGGAGGAGGAGGAGGCGGACCUAAUAGUAGACAACAACACGCCUCCCAGCUUUAGCCGCGUGCCGAUGGGUGACCCACGGGUCAGUGACCUGCAACUUGCCGCCGCCUUCCCGCUCUUCCCCGGUCGGAGUGCAGCGGUGGAGGUGGUGGUGGAGGCGGGCAGCAUGCUCUACCUGCCGGCAGGUUGGUUCCACGAGGUCACCUCGUACGGCACCGCAGGGGGCACUGCUGCUGCGGCUGCUGAGGGCAGCGAUGACGUCAGCAUCGGCACCGCCGCGGGUGGUGGCAGCGGAAACGGCAGCGGCGCCAAGGGCCCUCCUGGCGGCGGGCCCGUGGGUCACCUGGCCUUCAACUACUGGUUCCACCCGCCUGACAAUCUGGAUCCCAGCCGGCGUGGAUUCAAAUCUCCGUACGUUUCUGAUUUCUGGCCGUCCUUCUGGAGGUCCCGUACGGCCGCGGGUCUCAUCGGCGGGUUGGACCCCGGGCCGGGGGCGCAGGCUGCACCGGGGCAGGCGGCGGAUGCUGCGGCCGCCGGGGCGGAGAGGAAGGAGGAGGAGGGGAUGGAGGAUGCAGGGGACAUGCUGCUGCCGAACGGAACCGGACCGAACCAUGGGUCAGUGGCGGCCGGGAAGACCCAUGGGUCGGAACGAAAGCGGCGGAAGGCUGGCGACAUCGACGCUGGGGCAGGACAGGAACGACAGACAGCGAAUGGGGUGGCGGAGGAGGGGGAUGCCGCCUCCGGUCGCCGCUUGAGGGCCCGCCGCGGUGAGGUGGGUGCUGCUCCCAAGC